CAAGUAUCUAUCGACCAAACAUUGGAUUGUAGGUUAGAUUCGGCGCUAAAUAUUUUGUAAAAUAAUAUCUCGUAAAGUGAUAGAUUAAAAUAAAAUGGAGUUCAACAAAUAAAAAGCGGCAAUUUAUUAUCUCAGAUUUGACAAGAAAAUAGAAGAAAAGCUUUAUCUCAAGAUAUCAAGGAAAAUUGUCAAAGCAGUGUAAUCUUCAAAGAACUUCAAAAUGUUCAAGAACACUUUUCAAAGCGGAUUCUUAUCCAUUCUUUACAGCAUUGGCAGCAAGCCACUGCAAAUCUGGGAUAAAAAGGUGAGGAAUGGACAUAUCAAGAGGAUCACCGACAAUGACAUUCAGAGUCUCGUCCUGGAAAUAUUAGGCAGCAAUGUUAGCACAACGUAUAUCACAUGUCCUGCAGAUCCAAGGAAGACCUUAGGUAUAAAGUUGCCUUUUUUGGUGAUGAUUAUCAAGAAUCUAAAGAAAUACUUCACAUUUGAAGUUCAGAUAAUCGAUGACAAAAAUGUACGUCGCCGAUUUCGCGCCAGCAAUUAUCAGUCCACCACAAGGGUGAAACCAUUUAUCUGUACUAUGCCAAUGAGACUGGAUGAUGGAUGGAAUCAGAUACAGUUUAAUUUAGCUGACUUCACCCGCCGGGCCUAUGGAACGAAUUAUGUAGAAACAUUGAGAGUCCAAAUCCACGCUAAUUGCAGGAUACGGCGAGUCUACUUUUCAGAUCGAUUGUAUUCUGAGGACGAGUUGCCAGCAGAGUUCAAAUUAUUCCUGCCCAUUCAAAACAAGGCAAAAUGUUAAAAAUUAGUAAAUUUAGUAAAAAAGACAUGCACUUUCUAUAAAAAAUAUUGUAAUUAAGUACUGAAGAAUAGUUUAAAUCACUUUUGCAACGUAAAACGUAAUUUUACAUAUUGAUAACAUGCCUUUAAUCGACAUUUUGUCCGAAAAAUUAUAUGUAAUAUAUAUUCACUGUAAAACAAUAGAAAAUAUUACUUUUCAAAAUGUAUAUUUCUUCAAAAUUUUUUACUUAGUAAGCUGUAGAUGUUACAUGUUUAU